CUGAUUCAUUGAGUGGGAAGUGGAGAUAUUGAGAGGAAAGACCAACAGGAUUUUUGAUGGGGGUGGGGCGCAAAAAGUUGAGUUUUGGGGGGGAGAUGGUGCAAUGAGUUGUUUUUAAUAUGUAAAAAAACAUACAUACAUACAAACCUGGGGGCCGGGCUUUUACAAGUUUAAGUGUUUCUGUUGCUUUCUAAUACUUUUUUGAGUAUGGGAAAUGCUGGGAGGAGUCGCCUCAGGGAAAACGCACCUGAGCAUGUGCAGAGUGCCUUUUGCUGGUAGCAGUGAUUACAGCACAACAUGUCUGAGUUCAAUGAAUAAGGUUUCUCUAGAGCAGAGGUUUUCAACCUUUUUGAGCCCAUGGUUCCCUUGAGCAACUGCAUACUUUCUGCCUAACCCCUGUGGAGUUCAGGAGCCCAGUUAUGUCUCCCCUUGCCUGCAGAGCUGGCAGCCCCUCACCAUCCCUUGUGGAUUGUUCCCUCAGCCUCCUCUCCUCUCCCCUCUCACUGGGAGUCCUCUGGGCAGCCACUGCUGAUGGCCCCCGUCUCUGAGCUGCCUGCCCCAAAGAGAGGUGCCUCCUCACACUGCCCCACAGGGCCCAGGGACUUGUCUGUCCAUUCCGGACAGCAAGGGCUGGUGGACUAGUUGGCUGGGCUCCCUCACCCGCUUGCUUGCUUGCUUGCUUGCUUGUUUGCUUACUUCAAGGCCGCCUCAGCUACUGGCAACCAGCAACCCCUGACCAGCCCCAAAGGCAACAUUCGCUGCAGAGCUUGUGGCCAGGGCUGCUGUAACAAACAGCUGUGCAAGCCUUUGGGAGGCCGAAAUGGCAGAGGGCAUCAGAGGAAGGAGGGACAGAGAUGAUGAAGUUUUUGCAGCUUUUCGGGAGAUUACGAUCAGUCAUCAUUGGGAUGGUCCAUGUGAAAGCGCUGCCAGCUUCAUUAGAAGAACAGGCUUUGGACCUUCCCUUCAUAGGCAUGAUGGCGGUGAAAUCAGAGGAACCCCAAGGAAUACCUUGCCAUUGCCUCAGAUAAUUGAAGAAGCCUGUCAGGAAGCUGAGAUUUACAAGGCUGCAGGAGUUGAUGGCUUGAUUGUAGAAAAUAUGCAUGAUCGGCCGUACACAGUUGGUGUGGGUGCAGAAAUCACUGCAGCCAUGGCAGUCAUUUGUGCCACUGUGAAACAGACGUGCCCCCGUCUCCCAGUGGGUGUUCAGAUCCUAAGUGCUGCAAACCAAGAUGCUAUAGCAGUCGCUCUUGCUGCUGGUCUUGACUUCAUUCGAGCGGAAGGCUUUGUUUUUUCUCACGUGGCAGAUGAAGGGAUUCUGAAUGCCUGUGCUGGCAACUUGCUCAGAUACCGGAAGCAAAUUGGAGCAGAACAUAUUCAGGUUUUUGCUGACGUUAAAAAGAAACACAGUUCUCACGCUCUGACAGCUGAUGUUAGUGUAGCAGAGACGGCUAAGGCUGCUGAAUUCUUUCUGGCUGACGGGGUCAUAUUGACUGGAGCUGCCACUGGAUUGGAGGCAGAUCCCAAAGAACUGGAAGAAGUUGGAUGUGCUGUGAAGAUACCAGUGUUGGUUGGAUCUGGAGUGACUCAGGAAAACUUGAAGAACUACUUGGGUGCAAAUGCCUUGAUCGUUGGUUCAUAUUUCAAGAAAGAAAGCUAUUGGGCAAAUAACAUUGACCCGGAUUGCGUGAAGCGGUUUAUGGAUUACGCUGCUGAACUGAGAGUGUGACAUUGUUGGAUCCUAUGGUAAUCAUACACAGUCCUUAUGCCACUGUGUAUCCUUUAGUCCCAGCACCUUAUCUUGUAACUUGAAGCCUUUGGUUUGGGUCUGCUCCAUCUUCCAUGUGACAGAAUGUUGCAGAAUUUUUUGAAGCACCGGUUACCUUGUUCUAAGGGGAUCCUGUGUUGGACUCCAAAUCCCAUCAUUCCUGACCAUUGACUGUGCUGGCUUAGGGCUGGUGGGAGAGUCUUAACAAUAUCUUGAGGGCCACAAGUUAGCCACCUUUGCUGUAAGACCAGGAAGAAGUUCUAAGUCUGAAGUCUCUCCCCAUCUUCCACUCACCCCUGCUGCCCCAAAGCAGUCCAAAUGUUUCCUUUGUCAUGCUACAUUUCCCCCCUAACGAAAUCAACACUAGCUUCAAAGGUACACUUUUAGAUUUCCCUGCCAUUAGAACCCAAGACAUCAGCUAAUAAAACAGCAUAAUGUUUUUCAAGUGUUAUAAACACAAUUCUAGGAAGCCAUUUAGAAACUGCAUUAAGAGACACCGAUAAUGACUGUUUAGGAGUGGUGAUAGUUGUGAGGUGGGUUUUGUGUGUGUGUGUUUCUUUUUACAAAUACUGACUUGCUAGAAGUCACAUUCAUUCAUUACUGGGAAGGUGAAGCUAUAAUGUGUUACUUCAGUGAUGCACGUUAACAAGGGGGAGGAAAAUAAGAUUACUCGAUUCGCUCCUUUAUACUCAUCUAAUUCAAAGCGUAAUCAUUGCUGGUGCUGUUGGAGCUGUGUCCAGACAAAACUGCUCGUGUGGAAGCCCAGCAUCUUAACCAUUCCUGGUUAUUUGCAGUAAUUACUGCCAACUGUGCCAGGGUCCCAGCGUUGUGCCCAUACUGCAGCUGCAACAUACGAAGUGCAGCUAAAUUGUUCAUCGCUUGAUGACUCUCUGAUGAAUGUGCAGCACUGAGGUGGGCUUUAUCACCGAUAGCACCAGCCUUGUAGAAUGACCUCCCUGUUGAAACGCGAAGAGGCCCCAUCAUUAUUGGCAUUCUGCCGGCUCUUGAAGAGCACACCUGUUUAGGCAGGUAUUCCCCUGAACUUGAGAUCUAAUUAUGCGUUUUUUAACUGUUCUAAUUAUUAGAAAUUUUAACUGGCUUGUUUUCUUGCCUUUUUACAUCAUGGAAGCUUUUGUUGCCUUGAUUGAAUUGGUUUAUUGUGAAUUUUAAUUGCUUACGGAUUUUAUAAUUGAGUUUAUACUUGUAAACUGCUUGGAUGGCAUAUAGGCAGUAUAUACUUUAAUAAAUAAAUAAAUAAAUAAAUAAAUAAAUAAAUAAAUAAAUAAGCUAAAUAAUCAUUUGUGAACUGUCUUUGGUGAAAAGUGUGCUUGAGAUGUUUUCUCAUAUAUAUUUUUCCUCCCUGUAUGGUUGCUGUUUCACAUUCACAGCUCAACACUAGAUAUGGCAGGCCUUGUGUAAUAAAUGCAUGCAUGUCUAUGCUCAGUCUUUCAGAGUGUUUUCAAGAUGGGCCAUUCUACAAUCUGGUAUGUUCCUUGAGGCUCCGUGAU